UCAAAGAGUCUUUAUAACAGUUAUAAACCGACUCUGCUAACAUUAGCAUCAACUGUUCGGCGGAAAUAAAUCAGUCAGUUCAUGCUGAGGUUGUAAUGUUUAAAUGUCGUUAAUCCAGCCGCUGAACUACACAGCAGCUAACUGCUAACAGGAGGAAAAACACACUGACGUGUCUUCAGCGUCUCUGAUAUGAGCAGCUCUGCUCAGAGGAAGAGGAGGACCGCAGGAAGUCCUCUGGUUUCCAGACCCAGCACCAAGACCAGCAGAGGGGCUAACACUAGGAGGACGGCUAACGCUAGCAUAGCGGCUAACGCUAACAGAAUAGCUAACAGGACAGCUAACGUUAGCAGGACAUCUGACGGUGACCCUGCCCCUCCCACAGAGACCAUCGAUGUGAUGGACAACACUGAGGACAGUGUGGAGGAGGUGGUGGAUCUGACCUGUGAGGGAUCAGAAGCUGCUGUGGUCGACCUGACCAACAACGACUCAGUACUGCUGGUGGACGAAGGUCCUCAUAACAGGAGAGUCCCCACAGGUGAGAGUUACGUCGUCAGCAGUGAUGAAGACGAGGACCCGCCCCCCGUCCUGAACGCUGCAGUCAUGUCCUCUCUACACGCCAGCAGCUCCUCCAGGUCGACUCCGGGGACGAUCAGCUGUCCCGUCUGUCUGGACUCGUACUCUGAGAUUGUAGAGAGCGGCCGAUUGGUUGUUUCCACUAAAUGUGGUCACGUGUUCUGCAGCCAGUGUCUACGAGAUGCUCUGACAUCAUCACACACCUGUCCUACCUGCAGGAAGAGACUGACCCACCGCCAGUACCAUCCCCUCUACAUCUGACAUCACUCUGACAUCACCACACACCUGAGCAGCAGUUGUUUUCCAGUGACAUCAUCAGUGACAUCAUCAGAUCAGGAUGUUAUUUUGCUGCUGAUUUUUUUUUUUUUUUUUUUUUUUUUAAUUGGAAACAAAAGACUUUGUCAGCUGUGUUUUAAUGAAAGGGUGAUAAGUGAUCGAUGUAUAGUAUUGAUUAUAUUUGAUAUAUAGUUGACUUCAGUUUUCUUUCGUCUCUUUUUGCUCUUUGUUUUCUAUCGUGACUGAAAAUGUCUUAAAGUACAAAUAAAUUCUAUUGAAUUCUGGGAAAA